AUGACUCUGUUCUUUAAUACACUUUUGGGUAUUUUCUUGUGCGAUUCGGUGAUUUCGUUGAAACUCCUUGAAGCAACAGAGACUUCGAGAAUAAGUGAAUUAGAAAAUAUUAGCGCCUUUCAGAAUGAUCCUAUCGAGGAGAAGAUUAACUCCAAGAAAGGCAGAGCUAUUUUGCCAUCCGUGGAAUUUUGGCCACAGUCAAAUAAUUCAGACAUCGUUACCGAUAACGAGGAUGAACCGAUCGAUCUUGACAAAUUACUGGAAGUUUGGAAUCCGAAAUCUGUAGCAAAAAAUUGGGGGUUUCGACGUGCGAAGCAAAUCAACGUUUCUACAAGAUGCGAUGAUGACGUCACUCGAUAUUUAUCAGGAGUGUUACGUGGUGAAAAGUGGGCUUUGAAAAUGAUCGAUUCUAGUGGAAAACAUACUUGGGGCCUCUUUUAUGGCAACCAAUAUUGGAUCGGUGCACCGAAUCAAUGUCGAGAUAUGGAUAAGAAUUUCACUGAACGACUUAAAAACGAAACUGCAUCACUGAUAGAAACUCCUCCCUUCCGUGUCUCUGUGAAUGCGAUUAGGCUCAAGUUGGAUAUCUUGAAACCUGAAAUAAACGAGAGCCUCAAUAUUACUCUUGGAGUUUGUUUCCCGGCUAGUUGUAGUGUCCGAGAUGUGAAGGAACUCAUGGACUUCGCAGUGAACAAAUCGAAAAGCGAAAACCUCCCUAGGAAGUUAGUCAUCGAUCACGUUAGGAACCUAUCGGAAGGAUAUUCCUUCUGGGAUGAUCCGGUAUUUUAUAUUCUAGUGGCAUCAUUUGUUAUUCCGAUAAUCCUCAUAAUUCUGGGAACAUUGUAUGAUAUUUCUCUGCGUUACCGUAUCUUGAAACAAGAGAGAGGAAAACCAACGAGUGAUAAUCCCAUGCUAGAGCUGAAAAUUUUGGGAACGAAUGGAGACUUAGACGAUGAGAUUACGCUCUCAAAACUGUGGUCUAUAAAAACGCACAAUGGAUCCCUGGAUGUUCAGAAUGAAAAAGAUGUACCAAAACCUUUAUCGGAAGCGCUUUUAUCCUUCAGCUUAUUAUUGAACAUAUCCAAACUUGCGAGUCUAGAUGUUGGAAGCGAUACUUUAGCCCCAAUUCAUGGAAUUCGAGUUUUUUCUAUGAUAUGGAUCAUUUUGGUGCACACCUGUCUGGCAUACAACAAUGUAUCUGAUACUAAAAUGUUCCGUAUGCAUGCCGAGGAUGACUUCUUAUAUCAAACUAUCAGCAACGCAACGUACGCAGUGGACACGUUCUUUGUUAUCAGUGGCUGCCUAGUGGCUUUUCUUUAUUUCCGUACCAAUAAUCACCAGAGAAUGAAGGAAAGAACAAUUACGAAAGGUUUUAGCGGAAAAGUGUUCCAAUUUUUGGGCAUGGUUUUUUACAGAUAUUUCCGACUGACACCGCCAUACCUUCUUGUCAUUGGACUCAUUCAAGUAUCUAUGAAAUGGUAUCAUGAUCAUGCAAUCAUUGAAAUAUCUGCCCCGGAUUAUAAGACUUGUGAGAAAUUUUGGUGGAGGAAUGCUUUGUACAUUAAUUCGUUUAUCGAACAGAAGGAGAGAUGUAUGGGAUGGAGCUGGUACUUAGCAAAUGACACGCAGUUCUAUAUCAUUGGAAUAAUUAUUAUGAUCAUUGCUGCCAGUUACUUGCAUUUCGCCAUGUUUGCUGUUUGCUUCUUAUUGGUAUUAUCUUGGAUAACUACUGGAGUUAUCGCGUUUUAUACAGACCAUAUACCAACGAUUCAAGAUCCGUUUGCACAUUACGAAAGUCUCUAUGAUAAACCUUGGACCAGAAUUGGAUCUUAUUUGAUUGGUAUAGCCUUGGGAUGGUAUUUGUUUAAAAUCAAUUGCAAAGUGCACAUGAAUAAGUUGUUGGUAGUCAUCGGCUGGGUCCUUUCCCUUGUAACAAUGGCAAGCAUCGUUUAUGGACUUUAUGGACAUAAUUUUGGGCCAAUUUUGGCAUCAAUUCACACUGCACUUUCGCAUUCUGGAUGGGCCCUUUGUAUUGCUUGGAUUAUUUUUGCCUGCGUCACUGGACAUGGCGGUUUAAUUAAUUCUCUUCUAUCCUGGAAGUACCUGUAUCCAUUGUCUAGACUGACCUACUGUACAUAUCUGAUUCAUCCCGUCAUUAUUCGAGUCCUCAUUUUAGCAGCAGAAACUUCUUCGCACUUGACAUCUAGCCUUGUGGCGAUCCUGUUCUUCGGCAUUGCCAUUACAUCGUAUGCCGUUUCUUUGAUCCUAAGUCUGUUGUUUGAGGCUCCCAUGGUUUCUAUGUUGAGGAUAAUUCACCCUCUUCGGCAGUGGAAACGGAAGUAAUCGCAAGCAGAACUCCUGUACUACAUGAGAGAACAACAAAUUGUGUUAGAUCAUUUUAGAAUAAUUUAUAAGACAUUGAAAGUAUCACCAGUAUUCACGUUUCAGUGGUAUAGUACCUCUGAAGACAAUUAGAAUUUUGUCAUUUGUGAAUUUUUCAUCAUUCAUAUCAUGAAACUUUCGCGCUAUUAUAAACUGAAAGUCCUUACGCAAAAGAAAUAAAAAAACAGGAGGAGGAAACGUUUUCUUGCCAGAGAAAUGUGUAAAUAACGCUGGUAAUACUCUGUGUAGUUUAGUUAUCUUACGUACAUGAAAUUACAGUCUAGUAUUUGUAAUACAAUGCCAGUAAUUACAUAUUUGUAGGUUUAGUUAAGAGGAUUAUCCACAAUGUCUGAAUUUUUUCGAACUUCGUAGAAACUACGUUACACGAAAAUGUCUAAUUGUAAUUUCGUACAUAUUUACGCAAAUAUUUUGUACAGCAGUAACACACUGAACA